UUUUCAACGAAGAACAACGCUCUCGCUGUCACCUGUGAAGCUUUCAAGCUUCAAGCUGCACUCCUCCCCCCUCAGGCCUCAGUACUCAGCCCCGGGCCCGCAGCCUCCGAGCCUUCGGAACCCGGAGCCUCACGCUGGUCUCCUCAUUCGUGAAAAGCACCCGGCUUCGUCCACAAGUCGUUGCAUCGCCUCCGUCACCAUGGUACGCCCCCUUAGUCCCACAACUUUCUCCUCCUGUUUGACCGAGUUGCCAAGGAUCCCUUGGUCGCGCAAGGGCUGGCUUUCUUUAAGGAUAGGCUUGAGCUCGUAUGGGAUGAAGAGGCCGUCGACGACGGGGUCAUGGGGUCAUCCGCCUCAGCAGACCAGGCCCCGGCCUUGGAGGAAAGAGGCCUUGCAGGCUCUGACUUUGUUGCCCACGAGGACAGCUCAGUACCUUCGAUGUCAGGCCCUAUGCGCCUCAAUAAGAAGCAGGCCCGCAAAUCUCGGCGCCAAGGCCCACGCAGCGCCGCUCGCGCCGCUGCGUGGAUAGUGCGGAAGGAAGCACAGGCGUUGCUCACGGCAGCGGAACGUUGUGCGCUCGAAGACAUGCCUCUCUCCGGCGGCUUCAUCGGCCACCGAAAGGUGCGUCUUGCAGCGACAGAGCAUGAUGCGGACCCCCUACAAAGUGGGCUGGUGGUUCAUCACAGCGAGGGGGCCGCCGAAGUUGUCGACCGCGCGGGCCGCUUGGUUGUGUAUCGUGCAUGGCAAGGCGUGGCCACAGAGGAGGCCAACGACCUUCUGACGGCCGCCGCUGCAUACCUGGGCCAAGUCGGCGUCAAACCGACGUACUCUGUCUCCAAGCGCGGCGCUUUCGCGCAAUACUACUUCACGCUACACAAGGAUAACCAGCCUCCGAGGCUGUCAAAGUAUUUUUGUGAUCACGCUGAGGUGGCCCACGAGCUCGCUCGGCGAUUGGCACCUGUCAUCCUCCUGGUCUCAAGAAUCUUCCGCCGUGUUUUUCCCGAACUUCACAAAUACUAUGCCAGCGCACUCGACUUCGCCCUUCGCAACGACGCCUCGUUAGAUGCACUUUUCUACCCUUUCGCGUCCUUCGCUUUGAAUAUGGGAGAGGUCAUCUGCGCGCGGCACCUCGAUUGUACGAACCUGGGCCCGGGUUUAUGUUGCAUCAUCCCUUUCGGACAGUACGACCCGUCUUCUGACUGCCGAAUUGGCCUUGCGGAGUUAGGUUGCGAGGUAGAGGUCGCACCGGGUGUACCCUUAUGGAUACCAUCGGCUGCGUUCACGCACUACAACACCGCACUGGUGACGGGCGGGGCAUGGCGAGGCUCGGCGGUGUUUUGGACCGGCGGCACCAUGUUCCAGUAUCAUGAACUUGGCGGGCGCAUGGUUUCAGAGCUCAGCGUGACUGAAAGGUCGGAAUAUCAGGCAGCCCGCGACUCACGCAUUGCCGCUGGGAUUGCACGCUUUCCGGAGCGUUCUCCUGUAUGAUGACUUUCGCUGGCUCAAUUAGGACUAGUACUUACUGGUCUGCGUAGUACUAGUACUACCGCGGUGGUUUCAAGCGCCUGUCCCCUGCUGUGAUGUGUGAUAGACUCGGACGACGCCGCACGCAAUAGCACGAAGUAUGCAUGAAAACCGACCGCCUGAUCAAUGUGGUGCGGGCAGAUCUAGAUCGGCAUGAGCGUACGCCUGCCUUGUUGCCUAGCCGCGACAACUUACGAGAUAGAA